AUGCAAAAGCAAGCGUUCUCCUUUAAAACAGCCAAGUUUCAAAGCAUAAACGCUGAGAGUGGUACUACCCAGCAAAAGAGAGACUUGCAGAUGAGCAAAGAAUCUUUGAAAGCAAGAUCAAAGUAUGAUUUGUUGAAGAACUCGGUUGAAAAGUUAUUAAACGCAAGGAGCCAAAACAAGCAAAAUAUUGAGGCUAAGUCCAAGCUCCUUCAAAAGAGUCAAACUAGUCUUAAAGCCGUUGAAGAUCUGGUAUCCGAUCUCUCAAAAACUAAAGUCAAAUGGGAAGCAGUGAGCCAAUCAGAAAUUGCUAGACUAGCUAAACUCAAAUCCAAAUGCGACUCCCUUGAUCAGGAAUUACAAGGAGUGAAAGGUUUAUUGUCAGAAGUGGAAGAGAAGUCGAUCAUGAUGAAGGAAGCCGUUGAAGGCUUGAGGCAAAGAAUAUCUGGAGAUCAGCAGCGUUAUGAGGAGUAUGUUGAUCAAGCGCAGCUUCUCCAAAAUGAAAAUCAAAACCAAGAGGUUCACCUCGCUAAAGUAAUGGCCCAACACAAUGAAAGAGAGAAGAAGAGAUUUGAAUUGGAGAAUGAAAUUAAAGAGAAACAAGAGGUGUUGCAGACCGUUCUAGCCAAUGUCAAAGAAACUAUAGAGAGGACUAGACAACGAAGAAGUCAAAUUACCUUAGAGCAAGAAAAAGUCAGUCGUCUUUCAGAGCUGAUCAACUCUUGUAGCGGACAGCUGGAAGAGCUUACCAUGACUGAGCGAAAAUCUGUUAGUACCGUUGAGUCUUUAGAAAAUUGUAUUGAGAGCGUGAGAAUGCAAAGAAAACAAAUCGAAAAUGACAUUGGAGAUCUUGAGCGAGAGAUCAACGAUUUUAGACAACAUAAAGAUGGAUAUGAAGCUUUCAGAUUUAAAGACGCUAUAGAAAAGUUUAAAAUUAAAGCGGGUGAUGACAUUAAUAACGAGCUGGACACAACAAAGAUAUCCUCGCUUGCUCAAAAGCUACAGAUGAAGGAAAAGUAUCUCAAAGAACUGAAAGAAGCGUUGACGGAGCUUUGUUGCGAGCGUGAAUCUUUGGACAAGGCUCAUAAAGAGUUGGAAGAGGUCAGAACGACAUGCCUUCGCGACAUGGAACAGAUGACUAGCGAUAUUGAAGAGCAUGUUCAAUUAAGAAACCAGCUAAACCAACGUCUUGAAGAUGAAAGACAGCAAUCAAAAUUGGUUAGAGCAGAAAUUGAAGAGUAUCAUCACACUCUGCAGAAGCUAAAUUCAGAAAUAUAUUCAUUGGAACUUGAGUCUGAGCAAAGUUUGGACAAGGAAAAACAAAUCAUAGAAGAAUUGAACCUGCAACUUGAAAAAGCGGCUAACGAAGAAAGAAAGCUAUCUGAAAUGAUAUCUAAGGAAGAAUUGACAAUCGCAACCAUUAGACAAGAGUGCGAAAGGAAGCAGGAAGAAAAGAAAGCUCAAGAGCAGCUAGUUAAGAGCGAUGAGAUCAAGUUGGCAACACUUAGAGAAGACAACAACAAUCUUCAAACAUACGUUAAUAAUCUAGAAAAAGAGAUUUUAGAAAUGCAAAAUGCCGAAAGAAAUAUUAAGGAUACGAUUAACGAGAAACAAAGUAUGAUGCAAAAACUAUCACAAGAGGUUGGAUUGAUGGAAGAUUUUGAUCUUCACCAAUCCAUUGAAGAGUUAAAGCUGCAAGCUCUCAAGGAGAUCGAAAACUAUCAGCAAGAGGUGUCUAAAAAGUAUCAAGAUGUGUAUGAAAAGGAAAAACAAACCCUUUUCAACAAAAAAGAAGAGGUGGCCUCCAGGCUGCAAACAUUGCAACAGCAAUAUCAAAAAUCGAUCGAAGAGUUGGACAGUACCAUUCAAUCGUUAUCUGAAAAAUUACAAAGUGGAAAUGUUGAAGAUAUUAAGGUUGCUGAAAAACGUAAAUCUGAGCCACGUGUUGUGCCUGAGCCAAUAUUUUCUAUUGAUUUUGAUAAUGACUUGUUCACUGACAAUGAAUCUACAAAGGAGAAGAAUUUCGAUUUCUUUGAUGAAGACUAUUAA